AUGGUGCACGCACGCGUUCCGAUGGUCGGUCGGCUACUGACGAUCUUCCUAGCGUUGAUCGCUGCAGGCACCGCAGGCUCCGGCGGCAUCAAGAGCUGCGACUACGGCCAGGAGAUGUUCCGGUCGGGCAACCAGGUCUACUUCCUCAUGACCGUCGGGGCGCUGGUGAUCAUCGCGUACACGGUCCGAGUGCUGCUCUUCGACGUUCGCGGCAUGCGCCAGCCGAGUCAGCGCGCGCUCGUGCUCUUCGACUCGCUGUGGCUCCUCUUCACGUUCGCGUGCGCUGUGGCCGUGGCCGCUGCGCCAGUGGGCACUUCGGUCUGCUCGGGCGUGGACAAGGACAUCCAGACGCUGCUGGAGGAGGUGUGCGACUUCAAGUGCCGCGACAUCGUCACGGCCGUCGUGACCAUGUUCCUGGCGUCCGUCUGCAUCGUGUUCGACAUCCUCUUCACCACGGGCGCCAUCCCGGUCAACAAUGGCGAGCCGCCCGCCGAGGACUUCACCUUUGGAGAGAACACCAUGGGCCCCCCACGCAGUCUCAAGGCCGCGGCCAACCGAGGUUCCGCGGAGGUUUAA